CUCAUCUCACACAGCCAGCGCACACUCCCCCACACCCAGAUCCGAACCCUAACCACCCCCGCCCCAGAUCCGGCCGCCGGCGCCGGCCGCCAUGGCGUGCCUCGCCAUCUCCCUGCAGCCGGUGAACGGCCCGGACAUCCUGCUCCAGACGCGCUCCUGGUUCCCGGUCUCGCGCCCCCUCGCCGCCGUCUCCGCCUUCCGCCUCGCGCGCCUCAGCCUCGCCCGCGGCAAGCAGCACCCCUCCCCCUCCUCCUCCUCCGCCUCCCUCGACGCCAUCGGCGACGACCCGCUGGCCACCGGGUCGGGGCAGCUGGUGGUGGGCGUCGAGUCGCAGUACCGCGUGGUGUACCGCCUCGUCAACUCCAUCUACGUGCUCGGCGUCACCACCGCCUCCGACCACGCCGCCCCCGCCGUCCACGCCUUCGCCGUCGCCGACGCCGUCAACCAGGCCGUCUCCGUCCUCGUCGCCGCCUGCCGCGGCGUCGACGCCACCCCCGAGAAGGUCCACCGCAAGUACCCCGAGGUCUACCUCGCGCUCGACCUCGUCCUCCACGGCGUGGGGUCCGUGCGUCUCUCCCAGAUCCUCGCCACCAUCCAUGGCGACAACCUCGCCCGCAUGGUCAACUCCUCCCCCGACGCCGAGGCCCGCGCCCGCGGCGCCGACUCCUGGCCCGUCGUCGAGCACCUCGCGCAGGACCGCCACGCCGCCCGCGACGGCUUCGCCACCGCCUCCUUCGAGCUCCCCCAGGAGACCCUAUCUGCUGGCGAUGAGUUCUCUGCUUCCAGCCUCGCGCCUGCGACCGCUGCGGCUACUGGGGAUGAGCCGCGCUGAGGAGGCGCCCCGGUUGAGAAGGACCCCUUUGCAGCCAGCGACAUGGUUGCUAGCAAGCCAGAGGAGGCGUUGGUUGGUGCCUUCAAGAAGAACAAGGAGACUGCCCUUGUGGUUGCUGAUCCUGCUGCUGCGCUUGCUGGGUUGGAGGUCACCACUUUGCCGCCAGCCGAGGCCACUAAACCAACAUUCAUUGGGGUUGAGGGAUUUGAGGGUGACUACGGUGGAAUUGAGUUUGGCAAUGAGGAAGCUUCACUGGCUGAGGCAUUUGAGGGCUUCAAUGCGCCAUUUGGGGGUGGGCUUGAUGCUUCUGAGUUUGUUACCACAACCAAGAAGGAUCACAAGGACAAGACCCUCACUGGUCUUGAGAUUCUAGCCAUGAGUGGUGGGCAGGCACCAAAUGCGCCUUCUGGUUCGCCACUUGACAGCUUGGUAACCCCGAGCAAAGAGAUGACCGUGCCUGAGUUGUGCAUCGUUGAGGAGAUCAAUGCUGAAUUCAACGAGUCUGUUCUUGCACGGGUUGGUCUGAAGGGUACAAUCAUUUUGCGGACCUUACCACCAAAGAAGGCAGCAGGGAGGGAGACAGAGUUCUCAUUCCGGCUUGAGGGUGCUUCUGGAAUGAAGAGGGCUGCCUUGCAGAGUACCGUGUUGAGCAGCCUCGAGAACGGCCUGUUCCAUGUGAAGACACCAUCGAAGGAGGAACCUAUCCCCAUCAUGAAAUACAGCUUCCUGCCCAAGCACUCACCUCUCCCCCUGAGGUUGCGUCUUGUAAAGCGCCACAGUGGUACAUUGCUCUCACUGAUGAUACACUAUGCGUCGAACCCGAUGUUGCCGCAGCCACUGAGCAAUGUUACAUUCAUUGUUAAGCUUCCUGUGGAUCCAACUCUGCUUAAUGUUUCGCCCAAGGCUGUGUUGAACCGGGCUGAGAGGGAACUCAGGUGGCACAUCUCAGACAUUCCUCUGAAAGGCCCCGCUGGACGGUUGAGAGCACGGAUGCCUGUGGAUCAAGACUCUAAAGAUGGCGAACUGGAGGUUGUUGGAAUGGUGAAGUUUGCUUACCAAGGGCCAUUCACUUUGUCGGGCAUCAAGCUCUGCCCAGCCAUCAAUAGCACUGCCCAAUUUAACGAAGUUGGCCACACUUUCUCCAGCGGGAGCUACCGUUGCAUCUGAGUUGGUACCUUCUUUGUACUGUAGCUGUUUACUUUACCCCCUUUUCAGUUUGCUUCUACAACAGGGUGUGAAUUUCAUAUUUGUACGUAUAUGUUUUGUGAGGCUGGAAUUUAAACCAUGUUUUCGAGUUGUGAUUAUUCAUCAAGGCUGCACAAUCUUUUGCAAGUUUCAUAGUACUGCUCAAUGCUCAUUAUGGAUGAACUGACCUUUAGUAAUUCAUUCACUAUUGAAAGCUGUCAUUACCUUUUCAGUCUAGUUUUCUAGAAUAAGGAGAGGAUCUCCCCUGGCCUCUACACAAUCUUUUGCAAGUUGGCAUUGAAAAUGAUUUGUUUGCUUUCAAGUUGAAACUUGCAAAUUUGGUGACUAGAUGUUUAAUGUAUAUCCCUUUUCUCAUUACCUUCCAACUGCACAAUACAUAUUUGGUUUUUUACUUCCUGUUGAUAGGUGAACUAAAUUGUUCACGGAGAAUCUGGUUAUGGUAUUUUAUUAUACAGAUUCAAACAUAGUUUCUGUUCUUUAACCAAAAGAGUGAUGGAGUAAUUGCUCGCAGGUGAUUGCUUUGCCCCUUGUGUUCCUUUGAUGCACCAUUGACCUUUUUAUUCUUGUAUGACACACAGGUUACUCUUUUCAUCCUCCACAUAGGUUGUCCUAUAAGGAUAGCACAUUUCUGUAAGACAUUAGACAUCCACAUCUAUGCUGGGAAAAGAUUCAAGUCAAGUACACACUUUAUUUCUGGAAACAUGGUAAUCAGGAUGGUUGAACUCGAAUCCAUUUCUCGCUCAUAGGGAUCUCCAAGGGUAUGAAUCUGACAAAUCCCCUGUCUUUGGGUAGUGGUUUUGCCCCUGGGUUCAAAAGCAUGAAGGGGGAAAAUACUUACGUAGCUGCAAGGGGAAGAAAUCAAUCUAUACAAAAACAUUCCUUUUCGAAAUUUUAGUUCAUCAAUUCUGUAUUGUAUCAGUAUGAUGCCUGGUUUUCUAGGUUCCCUUGGAUGAUCGACAUUAAGCAACGAUGAUGUGCUUAUCUUAUACUUAUUGUAUGCUCAAAAUAAAAUUUACCAA